UCGUGGCGUGUGGACUCUCUGAGUUCCGUGUACCCGUUUUUUUCACAAAUUAAAAAAAAAGCCCGUGAAAAUGAAAAAAAACAAUUCCACUGCAUGGAAAACAGUGAUGAUCUAGUGUGAGAGUUCGCCUCGUGCUCUGGACGUAAAAAAAAAGGAGAGAAAAUCUCUGAAAAUCGUGUGUGAUUGUUGGAGUUGAAGUUGUAGUGUCGCUGUGGAUUAAUUUCAGUGAUUUCAUUUGUGUUGUGGAUGUUUCUUUUAGUGAUAUUUUUUGGUGGAGGCCGUACACCUGCGCAAGUCCCAGAUUAUUGAAGAUAAAUCGGCGAUUUCUACGCAGCAACGUCAGAAUUGAAAAAUGCCAGGAACCCAAGGAACAACUUCCGUGUGAUGAAUUCAACUGCCGAAGUAUAAUGGAGUCAUGGAGCGGUCAUUUACUAUGAGUUAAAGCCCUGUGAUUUAUUGAGACUGGCAUGGAGAAGGAGAACUCCGCGUCGGGCGGAGGUGGAGGUGGAGAUACAACAGCAACAACGGCAACACCGGGCUCGGUAGCCACCUCCGUUUCUGAUAAAUUACAAGCGGAUCAGGCUAACCCGCUCCUCGAUCCCAGUGCACUAUUCGGUGCUUAUUGGCCACGUGGAGACAGUGCAGCAUCGUCACUGUUUGGGGGCAUGCCAGGUGGUUAUGGACUUGGUGCUCAUCAUCUUCCGUCGGCCUACGCCAUGCUAGGACGUGGUGGUGCAGCACCUGGUUUUGGUGGUCAUACACCAGCAUCUGCUCCACCACCACCACCGCCACCGUACUCUCAUGCAAGUCUUGGAACCCUCAGUGUUGCUGCCAGUCAAGCAGCCAGUUUAGGUAUUAAUUCAGCAAGUGCAGCAUGGUGGACAAUGGCAUCACAUUUAGCAGCACAGGAUUACCUGGCAAGGUUGCAGGGUGCUGCUGGUCUACCUGGUUUUCCCCCAGGUGCUGAAAGCCUCCUACCACCAUAUCCAGCAUCAUUGCUGAACCCACCGUCCCUGUCGUCCUCACACAAGUCCAGUAAGUCUAAGUCAAGUAAAAGUCAUAAACCAACAGCGACCAGCAGCAGCAGCAGUACUACGAAUAACAAUAAUUCCACAACACCGAGUACUCAUACAAGUAGUUUGUCUGUAAGUCAAGCAUCUGUAACAACGAGUCAUCACACAACACCGACAACCAGUUGCAAUACCACUACCACUCAGGCGAAUGUCGUUAGUAGUCCUCCAGCGAAGGAAGGAAGUGAUCCAAGCAGCAUCCUGGGGGGCGUGAGACUUCCACCGGACACAGAAAUCAUUAAGUACACAUCGAGUAUCGUCGGGCCAAAGGUUCCAGGUACGACGAAUCGCGGUAGGAAAAAGACAAUAUCAUUAGAUUCACCGAGUGUAAGUGUUCAUCCACCUUCAGUGCAGGCACUCAGUGCUCAUCAGACUACCCCAACUACCUCAUCCCUGGUUAUGGAGCCGAGGAAAUUCAAUCGUACACCAGUGAGUGAAUCGAGCGAAUACAGGGACUCCGUGGAUCGCGUGGAAGUGAUAAAACUACCGGCCCAUUCAACCAACGGAUCAGUAUUAACGGCUCCUCCAUUGUACACCAUGAGUAACACAACAAGCCACUCCGAGGCUGACGCACCCCUGAAUCUGUCAUUGAAGCCAGCAUCGACGAGCAGCAGUUCACCGAUAUCUGGCAGUCAACCUCUCAGUCAACUAAGUAAUCUCAGUCAAUCGUUGUUGGCAUCCGAUCGCACAUCCCGACGAAAACCAGGACCGAAGCCACGACGAGUACCCCAGAAUUCAGUGACUGUUCCAGCAUCACCAAGUCCCUCACUAGCUCAACUAUUCACUGCUGCUGACUCACCACAGCGUCCAAGCAGUGGAAGUGAAGAGAGUGAAACAACACCGAUACACCAUAAAGACGGUAGACCGAGAAAUCUCGGACGUGGUGUAUCGAAACCCAAGAAGAAUACAGUGGCAUCAUUAUUAGCGCAGAGUCGUGCACUGGGGAUCAAACCAACCCCAACACUUGAUCCAAAUGUACCAUUGUCCCAUCAAGUAUCGUUACUUAGAUCUAAUAUACUCGCUGCGCAGUUACAUGCGUCAGCGACUGGUCAAAUUGACGAGAAAAGUCACCGUUCGUUGCAGGAAAAAAUGAAAAACAAACUGCUUGAGGUUUCCGGUGAGGAAAGUAACAUGGACGUAACGAGUGAGAGUGGCAGUAACACGGAUGUCGUCACUGAUACUGAUGAUGAUAAUGCAGAUGGUAUACCCAGUGCUAAAAGACGAAAAUUGAAUCCCAGUGAGAAAGAUCUCCAGGUGCCUCUGGAGAGGGGCUGGAAGAGGGAGACUGUUAUCAAAGGGCUAGGAAAGACUGGGGUCAUCAAGGGGGAUGUCACGUACUACAGCCCCUGUGGCAAGACAUUCAGAAAUAAUCAGGAUUUGUUUAAGUUUCUGGAAAUGCAAAAUCCCGCGGACCUGACGUCUGCCAAUUUCUCGUACUCGUCGAAACCUCUCGUUGGAGAAUUCCUCCAGCCGACGAUGGGUCUGGCUGAGGCGGAAUUUGUGAGACUUGGCUCCCAGGAAGUGGCACGAAGACUGGAGGAACUCAGGGCUGCCGGAGGAUUCAGAGAUGUCAGACCAACCAGUCAAUAUGAGAGGGACAAAUUGGCUUAUGCCAAGAAACUCGCCAAGGAAGAGGCACAGAGACAUAAAGAACAGGCUAGAUUGAUAAAGGAACAGGAAAAGACUGAGAGACAAGAAGCUGUCAGACGAGAGCGAGAGAUUCGAAAUCAGCAGCUUUUGGAGGGACGGAAGAGGCUUGCAUUCACGAUAAAACAGAAGAUGAAGAUCAUUCAGGAGAUCGAGAGAGGAAAAAGCAAGAGCGAUGUGGCACGUGAAUUGGGCCUUGCAAGCAGUACAGUGGCGACCAUCUGGAAAAAUCGUGUGAGCAUUGCUGAGAGCUGGAGAAAUCGUGAUAUGAUGCAAACCGACAACGAGUUGGAGCUCAUCGGGAAGAAGAGUAUACUCACGAAUAAUCCACUUGUGCCACCAAUUUCAAUGUCAACCCCACCGAUAACUACCUCUCCUUCGUCAGUAAUCGCUCUGUCAAGUACACCUUCGUCAACGUGUAGCUCAAUACCCUCGUCACCGUCACUCAAUUCUCAGGCAACUGCCGACGCCCAGCAGCCACUGACACAAACGCAAAACCAGGAACUCCUGGAGGCGAGGAAAAAGAGACAGGAGGAAGUAGAGAAAAUUCGAAUGGAGGAGCAACAACGAAAACAACAGGAGCGUGAAUUGAAGAGACAGCAGGCAGUGAUGCUGAAGGAACAGAUGUACAUGCAGGAGCUCAGCAAGCAGCGCGAGAUGCUCUACACCGUCGAGUUGGAACGGGAGAGAAGGAGACAGCAUAUGGCGCUCAUUCGAGCACUGGAGAAUCGUCGACGAAUGGAGGAACGAGAGAAAAAACGACUCGAGGCUAGAGCUGAGAGAAUUGCAACCAAGGAGAAACGCGCAGAGCAGAGGAAACUCGAGAUGGAGCUUGUGGAGCAGAUUAGAAAGCCCGUGGAAGACAUGGAACUCACAGAUCACAAGGCUCUCCCCCAGGUGAAGCGUAUUCCACGUCUCAAGCUCUCGGGUGAGGCAUUUGCAGAGAUUGUGAUGGUCUUCGAAUUUCUCCACAACUUUGGGGAGACCCUCGGCUUCGAUAUGGAGUCCUUGCCCAGCCUCAAGAGCCUGCAACUGGCUCUCCUCAACGACGAGGAAGCCGAGGAGGAGAUGCUCUCAGUAAUGACGCACCUCCUGGUGUGUGCAAUUGAAGAUCCAGGAAUUCCCCAGCCAGCUCGUCACACCACAGGUCUUGGUCAAUCGCUUCGCCAGGCUGACAUCACUCAUGCCAAUAUCAGCGAGGUAUUGCGUAUCUACCUCUACGCCAAUGCCACCGGUGAGGUAAAAGCCCUGACUGGUGUCUGUCUUGAGCGUGAAAGAGACAAAAAAUUCGCCGAUCACCACCAGAAUGGUGGUGACUAUCCCUCCACACCAUCCGGCAAAAAUGCCCAGUUCUACGAGCACCUCCACAACAACGAAACCUGGAAGAUGUCGGAGAGACUCCGUGAUAAACCCUUCCUGGCCCUCAAUCCAACGCACAAAGCUCAAAUGCUAGGAUUUCUGUGCAAUGAAUUGCUCCAGAAUAAAGCUGUGAUACGCCAGAUCGAGGGUAGUCUGGAGACAGUAGCUCAACUGAAGAAAGAGCGUUUUGUUCUGGAUACGAAAAUACGAAAAUUACGACAGCUUCACAGUAGAAAAGUCAGGAUGGAGGCAGUGGGUGUUAUCAUCAACAAGACUGGUGAUACGAUAACAAUUGAGAAGAAAGAGGCUGACGAUGAGACAAACAAUUCAAGUACUAAUAAUCCAACGAUGGAUACAACACCAACACCAGAGGAGAUUCAUCAUGAGGACGAGGUGGAGGAUAUGUCGGAGAAUGAGUCUGAGGGUACACAGCCUGAGGAGGAGGAGGACAAGAAUCUGUCUGCUGAGGAGCUUGGUAAGAAGCUCGAUAAAUUACUAAAGCAGUCUGAGGAGCAGCUGCAGAAGCUCAAUGGCUCGUCCAAGCAGCUGCGAGCUCAUGUAUUUGGACAGGACAGAUACUGGAGGAGAUACUGGGAGUUGCCUUGUGCUGGGGGAAUUUUUGUCGAGGCAAUGGAGAGCGCUGAGCCAGAGAUUCUACAGCUGCAGGCUGAGCUCGAUGAAAAGUGGCAGGGGAGAAUCGAGGAGACGAAGGAUAAAAAUAGUUCUGGAAUUAUCAACAAGGAGGAUGAGGAGGAGAUAGAGGAGAAGGACAAGGAGAAGCCCAAGGAGGAGGCUGAAAUCAACGAGAACAUCAAAAAGGAAGUGAACGAGCUGAAGACGGAGGACAAUGCGACGAGCGAUGCCAAGACAAAUGUCACAUCCGAGGAGAUCAAACAGGAGACUGAGAUGGAGGUUGACAUUAAGGAGAAGAUCGAGGAGAAGAGUGAUAUAUCGAAUGGAGAUAAGUGUAAUCAUCUUCAUGGACUCCCCAAUGGGAAGGAUGUGAAUGGUGGUGCUAACGAGGUGGAUAUGCCCUGGUUCUCAAUUCUUCCUCGUGAGACGUGUGACACUUCAGGACCGAGUUCUAAACAGAUAUUUGGAAUUGCUGAAAGUGCUGAGCUCAGGAUACCAAUAUUUCCACCACCAGCUAGUCCUGGAUACGAGAGAUGCGACAGUCCAGCUCCCCUGAUUCUCACCCAGGACGAGGCAGCACAGUUGGAGUACCUCAAGGUUCAUGGGCUGCCACCUCCUGGCGAGGCUAAACCCGUUCCUGAGGAUUUGAGGUAUGGCUGGUGGAGGAUUUCCGACGUUGACACAUUUCAGGAGCUCCUGGAGCACCUCCAUUCACGAGGUGUCAGGGAGAAGGAGCUCAAGAGAACAACGUGGGCCACGAUGGAGUCAUUUUUAGCUGUCACUGGAAGAAUUCAUGUUGAUCCUGGUAAUACAGCAGCCACUGAUCUUGGGGCUGAUGACGAGGAGGAGGAGGAUGAGGAGGAUGAGGUAUCGAGGCCUGACAAUCCCGCCGAUUGGAGUGAAACUGUCGCUGUUAGGGUUGAUGCACAGCUGCUCGAGCAGGUGGAGGCACUCGAGGAUAAAGUGGCUAAUGCCAGUAUGCAGGUGAAGGGGUGGAAAUUACCACCGAGGGCGGGCAGUGAGGAGGCUGAUGAGAUUGAAAAACUACACGAGAUGGAGAAGGUGAAUGCUGUGGAGCAGGCGAGGCAGAGGCUCUUGUCCCUAGAGGCGGCUAUCGAGAGGAGAUAUCUCAAACCACCGUUGGGUGUUUGCACUGGUGAUCCCAAUUUGGCUGCACUAAAGGCUGAACAGGCUGCUGCUGCUAAUGCAAGCUCCAAUUCUUCUGAUGGUGGAUCUGCACCACCUCCACCCGAGGAGACAACACCACGUGGUCUCAAUAAUUGGAGGGAAGCAACUGCUCGUGCACACACCUCAGCCCAGCUGGCUAUGGCCCUCUACAUGCUCGAGGCAAGCAUCGCCUGGGAUAAGAGCAUCAUGAAGGCUAAUUGCCAGUUUUGUCAUAGUGGUGACAACGAAGACAAAUUGCUCUUGUGUGAUGGUUGCGAUCGUGGAUACCAUACUUAUUGCUUCCGUCCAAAAAUGGAGAACAUUCCUGAUGGUGAUUGGUAUUGCCAUGAAUGUAUGAACAAAGCGACCGGCGAGAGAAACUGUCUGGUAUGCGGCAAAAGGGUUGGGAAGAAUCUGGUGCUGUGCGAAUUGUGCCCUCGAGCGUAUCACACCGAUUGCCACAAUCCCGUCAUGCCUAAGAUGCCGAGAGGCAAAUGGUAUUGCUCCAACUGUCACAGUAAACAGCCAAAGAAACGUAACAGUACAAGAAGGAGUCAUAAUAAAAGUGGAGGCAACACCAGAGACAGUGAAAGUUCCGAUCAUCCGCCCGCUAGUCCAACGCCUUCAACGGCAUCAAAUACCCAUGGUGAUGAUACUAAUACAUCGGAACCACCAACACCAACUGCAUCACCCCGUAAAGAGCCUAAUGCCAGGAAUUUAACAAAGAAACAACAGCGUGAAUUAGCACCGUGUAAAUUACUCCUUGAACAGUUGGAACAACAGGAUGAAGCGUGGCCAUUUCUGCUGCCAGUUAAUACUAAACAAUUUCCAACUUAUAAAAAAAUUAUUAAAACACCGAUGGACCUCAGUACUAUAAAGAAAAAACUCCAAGAUACUGUAUAUAAAUCACGUGAUGAAUUUUGCACUGACGUACGUCAAAUGUUCAUAAAUUGUGAGGUAUUUAAUGAGGAUGACAGUCCAGUUGGUAAAGCCGGCCACGGUAUGCGAAGUUUCUUUGAAAUGCGUUGGACCGAAAUAACGGGUGCACCACCUCCUCCACCACAAACCCAUAGCUGAGGAACGGGGAGAUCGCGCAAUACUUGUAACAGUUUUGCGCAUUUUUACUACUAAAAACAGAGAAAACAAAACUAAAAAUACAAUGGAAUAUCUUCCUUGUGGAAGAUUUGAGAUUCAUUAUUCAUUUGUCCCGAUAAAUAAUCACGUUUUAGUGGUUAAAUCCAUAUUGCCAAGUUAAUUAUUCAAACAUUCAAGAACUGACAUUCGAAAAUAGAAUACUCAAAUCGAAAGAAUUCAAUAGAAUUACGACCUUCUAAUUCAGAAAGAGGCAGUGGCAGUUCAAAAUGAAAGGAUAAAUAUUGUAUAUUACCAUCACUGUACUUACGAAAGAAAAAAAAACACAAAAAAAAUAAUAAUAAUACUUUAAUAAAUAAUAAGCUGCCUAAAGCAUAGAUUGUAAUUUCAGGUUGUAUGAUAUUUAGAUGGCGUUGAAUAUAGAAUUCUCUUUUGGUUCAUUUUAUUAACGAAUAACUUAGGAAUUAAGUGAUAAGUGAUGAGAGAGUUUAUGUAAAUAUUAGUGUUGCGCAGGAGAAUUUGAUUUAUUCUGCUGCAUUUCUCAUCGAGACCGCUGUCGAAUGGGAAAAUUUAUUUAAACUCUGUGUCAUUCCAUCGAUUUAUUCUUUUCAUCGUUUCCUUCACUCAGACCAUUCAAUUUUAUUUGUUUAAAUGCUUGACGAUUCCUAUGACUGAAUAAACGAGAAGAUUACUCAUG